AUGGGCAUCGGCGGUCUGCUACCCUUCGUGAAGCCGGCAUGCAAAGAGGGUCACAUCAGCGAGAUUGCCGGCAAAUCGGUGGCCAUCGACGCUAGUUGCCUACUCCACCGCGGGCUUUUCGGCUGCAUGGACAAGGUGGCGACCGGCGUUGACACCAAUUUCUUCAUCUACUACGUGCGCGGCUUUAUCGAGGAGCUGCUGAAGCAGAAAUGCCACGUGGUGAUGGUGUUCGACGGGCGACGGCUGCCGGCGAAGCGGGAGGUCAACGAUCAACGCCGCGAGCAACGGGAACGAUAUUUGGCUCAAGGCCACGCGCUGAUGAAGGAGGGCAAGCAGGACGAGGCCAGCGAAAACUUCAAACGCGCCACGCAUAUCACGAAGGAGAUGGUGGACGAUUGUAUUCGGUCGUUCCGCAAAAUGCGCAACGUGGACGUGGUCGUGUCGCCGUACGAGUCGGACGCCCAGCUCGCGUUCCUUUCGCUGGAGGGAAUUGUGGAUUACGUCAUCACACAAGACUCGGAUCUGAUCGUCUUUGGGUGUCAUAAGAUAAUCUUCAAGUGGACGCACGCGGCGGCGGGGAGUUGCGUCUUCUACGAUCGCUCGAAACUCGAAAAUUGCUUCCAAACCAACUUCAAAUUCACCUUCGAGAAGUUUCGCCGCCUUUGUAUACUCUCUGGAUGUGAUUAUUUGCAGGCUGGCCUCCCAGGCGUCGGGCUGUCAAAGGCGCAAGUGUGCUUGGCGAAGACGGGCAACGCCGAAUUGCGACAGAUGCUGCGCCGCGUCCCGUUCACCCUGCGAAUGCCGAAGCUGCGCGUCACCAACGAGUUCAUCGAGGACUUUAUACAAGCCGAGAACACGUUCUUGCAUCAGGUUGUGUUCGACCCGCGGGCCCGAAAGCAGCGCCCCCUGACGCCGUAUCCGGAAUCUGAGAAGGAGAACAUCGACCCGCUCACCGGGAGAUUGCCGUCGUUCGAAUACGCCGGAGUGAUUCUGCCCCCAGAAUUCGCCACCCAGCUGGCGCUCGGCAAUUCGCAACGGGACGACGGGAGCUUUGAGGAAAACUUUGAGUUGACGGCAAAGAUCCCCGCCUGGUCGAUUUGGUCGCCCGACUACGAAGCGCAAGCCCAGCUGUUUGACGACGGCAUUUCGUUGGAGAAGUCCGUUCACGAGCCCUCGACGCCAGGCUCCUCCAAACACGCGCUCAACGUUUCCGUCACCUCCACCGAAAGCUGCUCGACGUCGGUGAUUCGCGUCGCCACGAAGCGCGUGUCUCAGCGCGUCAAAAACGAGCCGCCCGGCGAUUGGUGCGUGCAGGACAUGCUGAGGAUGUACUCGCAGCCGGCCAGGAUCAAUUCGGGCUCCCCGUCAUCAUCUCAAUCACCCGGCGCCGCCUUCUUCUCCCAGCCCACGGCGUCUCCGAACAUUUUGGCAAGCCGCAAGCGCGCUGCCCAGUUUUACGGAACGGGCGAUGUCGGCGAGCCUUCGGUCGAGACGCUCGGCGAUUCUUCGGAUGAUGACGUCAUUGUCGAAACAACGACGGUGGUCAGCAGCUCUUCGAUGAUUGCCAGAGAAAAGAUCACCAGCAACCCAUUCAAGAGGGUCAAGCAUCGCCACGCUCCACUUUCGCCGUCUUCAGCAAUGUCGCGACCAAUCAAGCACACCUACCGGCACUUUUACGAGGAGAAGGACGGCAUCGUCAAUCAAGGUACCACCUCGGCCACCACCCCCACGCACGAAGUGAACGUCCCCAAGUCGUCGACGUCGACCAUCCCCUCGCAGCAGACCUCAUCGUCAGCCAUGAACCGCCGCUUCCCGCACUUUUCGCCGCUCACCCAGAUGGGAAGGUCCAACUUCUUCGACGAGGACUUUGAUCGCAUGGUCAGCACGCGACCCUACUGGGCCGACACCUCCAUGUUCAGCGGCCAUCGACUCGGCGAGGGUCUCAACGAUGUGAUCGACAACGAGGUCGAGUUCAAGUUCACCAUUGACGUCUCGCAAUUCGAGCCUGAGGAGCUGAAGGUCAACAUCAUCGACAACGAUUUGGUGAUCGAGGCAAGGCACGAGGAGAAGACGGACAAAUUUGGCCAGGUCAUGCGCUCGUUCACGCGCAAAUUCCGGCUGCCCCCGACCGUCAAGCCGGAGGAGGUGAAGAGCGACCUGUCGCGCGAUGGCCACCUCACCGUCCGCUACGAGAAGGAGCGUCUGACCGGCAACGUCAAGAAGAUCCCCAUCCAGAUCCAGAAGCCU